AGGAAGCUGUAUGGCAUGUAUCAGUUUAGGGAAGUAAGUCUUGUUUACUCUUAACAUCCUGCUUUGUGGAAAUCCUUGUGUCCACGUUCGAUUACAGUCAUAAGACACGUAAUUGUAUCAGCCGACAUCUUUAAAACGUGUGUGUUCCUCGUACUUUACAGAAAAGGAAGACAGUGAAUCAGAGCCUGUCAGUUUUAGACCAAAGCAACCGGGAACACAUGCAAUAUAAAUAUCACCCCUCGAUCGUCAGUAGCUUUUUAUUUUUUGCAUUGACGUGAUUUUUUUUUUUAACAAUAAUGUCUGAAUUAAUUUUAUUGGCACUGAUCUCCUUUCUGUUCCUGUUUUUGCUUUUGACUGUUUUGGGAGUCAUCCUUUAUUCAGGACUGUUUACAGAGGUCGUUAUCCGGACAGGGUCCUCGCCGAUCAAGAAUAUCACCAUUGCCUACAAAUUCAAGCAGGGCUCGUAUAAAGAGAGCGGGGCUGUCUUCACUGAGAGUUGCAGCAUCGGACCCAAGCUUUCUUCCAUCGGCGUGUACUAUGAUGAUCCCAAGCAGGUGCCUGCGGAGAAGUGCCGCUACUUGGCUGGCAGUGUCCUGAGCGAGGGUGAGGAGGAGCCCUCCGAGGAGCUGCUCAAGCUUUACGAGAAGUAUAGCUUCAAGAUCUUCUCCUUUCCUGCUGUCACGCACGUCGUCAUGACAACCUUCCCAAACAACACCUUCCUGUCUAUCUUCUUGGCCAAUUGGAGAGUGUACCCUCAAAUGGGAAGCUACAUCAAGGAACGAAAGUUGUGUGCCCAUCCCUUUCUUGAGCUCUAUCGAGGCGACCUGAUUUACUACAUCUGCCCGCUGGCCAGACAGGGAGACUUCUAUGUGCCGGAGGUGAGGGAGGCAGAGCGCAGGCGCAAAGAGAAGGAGGAGGAUUCUGAGGACAGACAGACAGACAUCACAGGUACCGACUCAUUCAGUGACAUAACCGAGAGUCGUGAGACUUCACUGGCGACAUCAGUGGCGACGUGUAUGGCACCCCAGGAACAAGAGGAUGACAGCAGGAGCGACAUGAGUGGCAAAGGCUCCAGCGACUCAGUUGGCAGUGGCUCCUCCUUUGAAGAACUCGACUUGGAAGUGAUUGAGGAAAUGGAACCAGCAGUGGUCAACAAAGGACAGGAUGUAACCUCAGAGGAGCAGGGACCAAUCCCAGUGGAAGGAGAGGAGUAGAAUCGAGGAGAAGCAGCAAAAUGUUUUGUUGUUUUUUUUGUUAAAAAUUAAAAGAAAAAUGUAAAAGUAGUUCAAGAAAGUACAAAAGCAUUUGUUUUAAAUGAUACCAGAAUAACCAUGAGAUUUUUAUAAUUAUUUGUCUCUUGCAAAAAAUUGAGUUUUAGAUACUUUCGUAACGAUUCAGAGCAAGCAAGGCAGGGGCGGGAUGGGCAGGUAAACAGCCCAGUUAGCCUGGAAUAAUGUUGGUGAAAUAGCUUACCAAAGCUAGGCCGAGUAUAGCUACAGUUCUUUGUGAUCACUAUCAUUCAUUCAGUUUUGAGGAGGGGUAGCAUUGCAAUUAAUAAACUGAAAACCAUCUAUGAGCGGUCUGAAGCGUUAGAACUUGCUGUACUGUUAUUGGGGACUAAAGUAUGAUUUCAUCAAUACAUUUGUGUAUCUGUAUUUCUGAGUUUGAAAAUAAAACUGGUUUGUAAAUUUCACUUUGUUAUAGUACCUAAUGGCAGUUGUUUGUAUGUAUAGCUUGAGUACUGGACAUAGUAAGUAUUGGUUUCACUAAGUCAAAUCAUGUUGUGUGACUUUGAGAAGAUUUGUGUGUUCCUCGUUGUCGUGAGAUUUAAAGAGUUGCCAGUUGGUGUCACAUACUGUAUGUAGUCAUAUUCCAUGGAGCAAUCACCUAAACUAUUCCCAAGACCAGCAUGACCAAUGUUAUUUUUGACACUAUGUAUUUCUAGCUAAUGCUUUUAUAUUGUUAGUUUACUGACGGGGAAAUGAUUGCUGUUUCACAGAAUUGUUGGGGUCUGUUUUAAUAAAGAGUCUCUUCCACCUAAAGGUAACAGAUCAA